AAUUAAUUGCUGCUGUUGCCCACGUCGUGGGGCGCUAUAAAUCCCUGCAGGAACAAGUGCAGCCCCCCUCCUUCGGCCACAGUGGUCGCUGUUCGUACUGAGGCUACAGUAGUAUCAGCAGCAGCAGCAGUAGCUCUGACUUCGGCUCUUUCCACUCCCUCCGUGAUUGGUCAGAGCGAGUCACGUUGUCCGUGGCGCUGCUGUCAGUCUGAUGCUGCACCAUUGUUCCCCGAGCAGCCGGGAGGGUUGCCUAUAUAACAGCACUGCUGUGCGCCUCCACUGAGCCGGUGAGUCCAGAGAACUGAACGGGAACCCGGUACCGGUUUGUAGCUUGCUGGAGGGUUUCUGCAGAGGAAGACUGUGCCAUGGUUUAGAGCAGAUUUGAUCAGGUCCAUUUAUACAGGGGCGUCAUUGACGGGCUGGAUACUGAUGAUUGGAUUCAAAUGAAUUAAGAGUCACAGGUCCCCGCAGUGUAACAUAUCUAAAGGUGCAGAUGCGGCCGACCAUGAGUGGAAUACUGAAGAGGAAAUUUGAGGAGGUGGAAGCCUCCUCCUCCCCGUGCUCUUCCCUGCGGGAAUCUGAUGAUGAGGUCUCCUGCAGUGAGAGUGGGGACAGCAGUGACAGCGUCAACCCCUCCGCCUCAGGGCCCUUUACCCCCGAUUCAAUACUGAAGAGAGAGAAACGGCUGCGGACCAGGAAGGUGCACUUUGAAAAUGUGACCGUCUACUACUUCAGCCGGCGGCAGGGCUUCACCAGUGUGCCCAGCCAGGGGGGCAGCACACUGGGCAUGUCCAACAGGCACAGCUGGGUCAGGCAGUACUCACUGGGCGAAUUUGCCCUGGAGCAGGAGAGGAUCCACAGGGACAUGCUCAGAGACCACCUGAAGGAGGAGAAACUCAACUCCAUCAAAUUGAAGAUGACGAAGAACGGCACGGUGGAGUCGGACGAGGCCAACACGCUCACGGCGGAGGACAUUUCCGACGAUGACAUUGAUCUGGACAACACCGAGGUCGACGAGUAUUUCUUCCUGCAGCCGCUCACCACCAAGAAACGCCGAGCGCUGCUGCGUUCCUCGGGGGUGAAAAAGAUCGACGUGGAGGAGAAACACGAACUGAGGUCCAUCCGGGUUUCCAGGGAGGACUGCGGCUGUGACUGCAGAGUCUUCUGUGACCCCGAGACCUGUGCCUGCAGCAUCGCCGGGAUCAAGUGCCAGGUGGACCGCAUGUCGUUUCCCUGCGGCUGCUCAAAAGAGGGCUGCAGCAACUCAACCGGCAGAGUGGAGUUCAAUCCCAUUCGUGUUCGGACCCACUUCUUGCACACCAUCAUGAAGCUGGAACUGGAGAAGAGUCGCGAGCAGCAGCAGGCGUCGCCCACCAACGGUUACUGCUGUGAAACCAACGAGCUGGGAAACGGGAAUCCUCUGGUCCAGUCCCAGCACAGGUUGGAGUAUCUGUCCAACGCCGUCCCGCAGACGACCGGCAUGCACCUGCAGGCCACGGACGAAAUGGAGGAGCCUCUGGAUGAUGAGGAAGAAGAUGAGGACGAUGAAGAUGAGGAGGAUGAGGAAGAAGAGGAGGAAGAGGAUGAUGAGGAAAAUGAGGAAGAUGAGGAGGACGAGGAGGACAGCAGCAGCGUCUGUAGCGGUCUGUCCGACUCCAGCACGCAGAGUCUGGCCAACAGUGACUCUGAGGACGAGGAAAAUGAAGACGAGGAAGACGAGAAGCCCGAGAACUUCGAAAACGACGCGACGACCCCGCCGACGUCUCAUACCGAGGUGGUGCCUCUGUCCACGGUGCUGUGUUACACCGACAGCUCCCACGACAACCAUGUGAACGGCAACACUUAUUUAAUGAACUCCUCCUCCGUGGAGUACUACCAGCUGGGAAGCUCCGCCGCCGCCGUCUCUGGUGGCCAGACCGACCUCUCCGCUGAAUCCUACGGGGAGGCUUUAGCGUUCCAAGAUCCCGUCAGCACAACUAGUGGCAACACAGCGCAAGGACCGUUCAGCUUAAACGACGAGCAGUACCCAGACUACUCCAGUCAGACGGUAGGUCAAUACACAGCUGCUCACAAUUUCAACGGCGCUCACUCUGCCCCCGUCAGCUGCUACACUCCAGACCGGGAGAAGGUCACGUCCAAAUCGGCCCACGUGGAGCAGCCUGAGAACCAGAACCUGACACAGUUCCAGAACUACCUGAACAAUAACACGCAGGGUCCCUACAGCUCACGUCUGGCAGCCGAGCAGCCACAGCAGGAGUCCAGCGUUAAUAGAAACUCUGACCUGACCUUACUAGCGAACGGUACUAAGAACCUUCCUUUACCAGACCAUUGCCCCGAGGUCACAGCCAUUUAGUGAGUGACAUCUUCUUAAGUGUUCUUUUAUUGUUCUGUCUCUACUGGAGCCUGACCAAAUGGUCUUUUAAGGAAACACAGUCAUGGCUUUUUUUGAAAGAAAGAAAGAGAAAUGAAAAAAAAAGGGAAGAAGGAAAGAAAGAAACAAGAUCUCACUGUAGCUUAAACUGCAAAUCAAGUUACUCCACCGUGGAACGUUGACUAUUGUAUGUUCUCAGUAAAUGUUUUUACCUGAAGGAUUUUACGACUUCACGGUGUGCUCAAGGGCAAAAUGGGUGAGAGUACAAAACAAGUGAAACAUUUUCCGCUUUGUCAUGUCGUGCAAUGUAUCUUGUAAUUUCAGAUGUAAAUUUCUAGUUUUAAGCAGAUAUUGUACUGUAAAUGUUACUUUUUUAAUGUCUACCGUAUCAGUCAAAUGUGCAAAAAAAAAGAAGGUUUUACUGUCAGUUUAUUUAUUGUUUGAAGAUGAUCGGCAUACUUAUAUAUUGUAAAUGUUUUGAUAACAUCGUGCAUGCUGUUUUUGGCAAGGAUUAAUUGCUAUUGUUUUAUAUGAAACGUGAGUUUAUUGAUCUUUUGGUUAGUAUUAUAUGCUUUUCUAUGGUUAUUGAAAAGCAUGUAAAAACCUAAUCUCUCUCACUCUCUCUCUCUCUUUUUUUUAGUAUACAAUAUCAGUAGCAUUAAAUGUGAGGCAUGUCAAAAUCAGUGGAAAGCCUAUCGCACUCAUGCGUCGGGGCCCAGUGGCAUGCAGCUGAAAAAUACUUGAAUGACAGAAAACCACGGCUCCUGAAUUCACGGCUUCGUUCACUCGGUUGUAAGAAACGGCGGUGAUGAUAAAACUACAGUAUGUAGUAUACUGAGUUUUGAGUGAAGUAAUUUCUAAUUGGACAACUAAUACACAACAAGUAGUGCUAAAAUUAAAUCCUAAAAGCAGUACUGCUUGCCAAUAGCCGCUAACAUAUUAGCAGCUUGGCAGAAAUGUAUUAAACAAAAGUAAUUGAAUGAAAUAAUUAAAAAAAAAUUUUUUUUUAAGUUUUUUGCUUUUUUGCUGUCAAACCAAGUGAAUUACAGAAAACCAGAAUUGAACCUUUUUCUUCCGUAUUUUAGAAAAGUGUACAAAGUUUCCUGGAAAUACAAAUACAUAUAAAUAACCUCGGUACGUGGACGUUAUGAAACUAUCUUUGUCGAAAAUUUAGCUAAUUUGGAAACUUAUUUCACAAAUACUGUUCCGAAAUGACGUGCCAGUAUUUUAUAACUUGAAUUGUGAAGAGGGUUCUGCUCUGGAACACUGUAGCUACAAGUUGUCGAUGUACUGAGAUGUUUAUUUAUGAGGAUCUGAUUAUGAAGCUGGUUAGUUUUAUGAAAUUGUAACGUGCAAUAGUUCCGAGGACUGUAACAGACGUUCUCGUUUAAAGGUGAACAGAGAUUGGUUCAAAAUAACGGACUAGCGCUGGGGUUUGUGGAAAACGCCAUAGUUGUAUUAAUGAAAUAGGAGAAACAAAUUUUCAAGGUUGACAAUCAAAGCUUAAUAUUAAACGUGAUUCAUAUCAUUAUUGAACACAUACGUACACUAUGUGAGUCUUAUGAGCCAUCCAAGAAUGACAGCCAAACAGUUCGCCAAAAAUCUGUAAAUAACUCUUUUUUUUUUUUUUUUUUUGCAAUUUCUUUGAUUUGAAAAAAUAAAAAAAUAAGGAAGAAUCCCAGGAACGCAAGAUACACUCUAACAAGACUCUACCCGGGUUCUCUACCUUGGGUUCUUUGCUUCUGCAUGAGCACAGACAUUUAUACCAUUUCCAUGCUUGAAUUUACACAAUCUCAAAGUUAGUACCGAGUGUGGAGAUCGGGUGCGAUGAAAGCCACAGACCUGUAAUUCCAUCCUAAUGGUUUAAAUGAGUGUUUGCAGGCAAUCAGUAGUAUUGACAUGGCCUAUCAGUGUCCAUCAGUUGUGCCAAAGCAUACAGUGUGUGUGUGUGUGUGUGUCGACUCAGACACCGUGACACAGCAUCCGUUGAAGAAUUUGCUUCGUUUUUACAUUUUUCAGUAUUUAUUAUGAAUGAUAUAAUAAAAAUGUGUAUUUAUUGUGGUUUAUGAAGAGUCUGUAUCCAGUAAAUUCCUUCGCUAUUUUGAAGUUGUCUUUUGUUUCAAGCUGGUUGUGAAUUGUAAAGCUUUAUGUGCCUCAUGUGUUUUAUUCUUUAUAUAUAUAUAUAUAUACAGUAUAUAUAUUCCGUGAAAUGCAUAUGUUUUGCACAUAUUUUUUCAGUGUUGGUUUUUGUAGAGAACAACAGCGUUCGUUUUUAAUUGCCUCAUUUUUUUGGUUUCAUUAA